AUUUGUACCUAGUAUACAUAUCUAAUUCUGGUCGGCAAUGCAAUUCCUCUAAAGAACCGAAUCCGGGGCGGAUCUCUCCCUCAUAGCGGGUCUAUCCAGAUCCUUCCUGGCGAUUGGUGCACUAGAAGAAAAAACUAUACGGACUGACCCCACCUUGGAGCGGCCCUUGACGUAGUGGGCGGACUAUUGAGCAUAGGGGUUUCUACCUCUCUAACCCGAUAUAUAUAAGCUGCUCCUGGCGAAAAUUUAUCUCUCAUGAUACCGACUUGCUGAUUCCAUCAGGAGACAGUCUGCACCAUGAAUGCAGCAGACCAUGCAAUCGAGCGCGCCGAGGAGGAUGCGGUUCCGGUCUCCUCGCGCGAGAGCCUCGAUUCCUCCUACAGUUCCAGCAGCGAUGGAUCCCAGCCCCGGCUGCGAACAAUGUACUCGCGACGCACCGAGACCGACCUCGAGCGGUAUCAGACCUCGUCGCAGGUCAUAGAUCGGAUCGAAACGCAGCGGCUGCAGCAUGCGCUCACCGUCGGAGAGAGCAUCAAGACGCAGAGCCGAGCGUCUGCCCGCGGGCCUCUCCCCGCGUUUGGCGCCGGCAAGCCGCUCUGCACGGGUGCCAUCCUCGCCUUCACGAGUAUCUGUUCCACGUUCGAUUCGGCCGUCUUCUCCAGCUCCACCGGCAACGUCGCGCGUGUGUUCGGCGUCGGCGUCGAGGUCGCCACGCUCUCGAGUUCGCUGUAUAUCCUAGGCUACGCCUGCGGGCCGCUCAUCUGGGCGCCUUUCUCCGAACUGCAGGGUCGCCGCCUCCCCAUCCUCAUUGGGAUGUUCGGCUUCGGGAUCUUCAACAUCGCCGUGGCCGUCGCAAAGGACCUCCAGACGUUACUUAUUUCUCGCUUCUUCUCCGGCGUCUUCGGCAGCUGCCCGCUCGCCGUCGUGGCGGCCAUCUUCUCCGAUAUCUUCGACAACCGCUCCCGCGGCAUCGCCAUCGCCAUGUUCUCCAGCAUGGUCUUCCUGGGCCCCCUCCUCGCCCCCUUCAUCGGCGGCUUCAUCAACAUGUCGUAUCUGGGCUGGCGCUGGACCGCCUACAUCCCCGCCAUCAUGGGCUUCGCCGCCCUCAUCCUCAACUUCUUCUUCCUCAAGGAGUCCUACCCGCCGGUCAUCCUCAUCUACAAAGCCGCCGAGCUGCGCCGCCGCACAAAGAACUGGGGCAUCCACGCCAAGCAGGAGGAAAUCGAAAUCGACCUGCAGGAGUUACUCGUCAACAACUUCUCCCGCCCGCUGCGCCUGCUCGUGCACGAACCGCUCAUCCUCGCCGUCACGCUCUACCUCAGCUUCAUCUAUGGGCUGCUGUACUGCUUUCUCACGGCGUAUGGCCUCGUCUACCAGGGCGUGUACCACAUGAACGCGGGCGUCGGCGGGCUACCGCUCUUCGGGAUGGUCGUCGGCCUGUUCAUCGGGGGAGGCUACAUCUGUGUCUUCGCGAGCAGAUCGUACAAUAAGAAGCUGCAGGAGAAUGCCGGCGUGCCGGUGCCCGAAUGGCGUCUCCCGCCGGUGAUUGCUGGCGGGGCGCUCUUCGCCGCGGGCAUCUUCUGGUUUGGAUGGACGGGGUUCACGGCUGAGGUGCCGUGGAUUGUGUCGACGCUGAGUGGCCUCUUUACGGGGUUUGGGCUGUUGAUUGUGUUUAUUCAGUUGUUUAAUUAUCUGAUUGAUACGUACCUCAUGUUUGCGGCCUCGGCCAUCGCGGCGAAUACGUUCUGUCGGUCUGUGUUGGCAGCUAGCUUCCCGCUGUUUUCGCGGCAGAUGUUCAAUAAUAUGGGGAUCCAGUGGGCUGCGACGCUGCUGGGAUGUGUGGCUACUGCGCUGGUGCCGAUCCCGGUUAUUUUCUAUCUUUAUGGCAAGCGGCUUCGGAUGAAGAGUAGGUUUGCGCCGACGCUGGAGCUGGAUGGGGCGGCGCAUGCGCCCAUGGAGAUGACUGAAAACAAGGGAGGAGAGGACGCUACUGGGCAGACGGAGGAGAGAAGGCAGUCGUGAUCUCCCUUUGGUCAAAAUGUAAAUAUCAUGUUAAGUAUAUAACAUUAUACCC